AUGUACAAGGUGCGGACUGGUGCCGUCGAGAAGUGGAAGCUGUCAAAGCGAGUCGACCUGGAUGUUGUCGCUGCCUACUGGGCGAAAAUGUCUGCCCGGACCGGCCUGACUGAGCGCGCUUGGUUGGCUCGACUUCGCUUCACAUUCCGCGUCCAGCUGGCCCAGUUCCGGUUGGGCAGCGUCGCCGCCGGCCCAAGCAAGAAGCGCAAACGCCGCAAUGCCGAUGACGAUGAUAGCGACUACAAGCCACCAGGCGCCUAA